UCAUCCGAAUAAUCCACAAUGUCGGACGGAGAAGAGCCCACGUCCCCCGUCGCUGAGGCGACCGAAGUCGAAGUCAGCGGCGAUACCCCCGCCGGAAAGGGCCAGAUGUCUGUCCUCGAGGCCCUCAAGGGUGUCCUGAAGCUCGCCCUCAUCCACGACGGACUUGCCCGCGGUCUCCGCGAGGCCUCCAAGGCGCUCGAUCGCCGCCAGGCGCACAUGUGCGUCCUCAACGAGGCCUGCGAGGAGGAGGCGUACAAGAAGCUUGUCGUUGCGCUCUGCUCCGAGCACAAGAUCCCUCUUAUCAAGGUCCCCGAUGGCAAGCAGCUCGGCGAGUGGGCUGGUCUUUGCCAGAUUGACCGUGAGGGCAACCCCCGCAAGGUCGUCAACUGCUCCUGCGUUGUCGUACGUGACUGGGGUGAGGAGUCUCAGGAGCGCGAGAUCCUCCUCAACUACUUCCAGAGCGCCGAGUAAAGUAACUGAGAACUCGACCUGUCUCGCGCUCUCAGCGGAUACUCUCCCUACGUUAUGGAUCAUGUCUUCAAUCCGUCGUCAAGCAUACCUGGAUCUGAUUUACUUCUGCAUUAGGGCUGUGCGGACGAAAUGGUAGAGGGAAGGGGAAACAGUGGAAGGAGGUGACAGUAAGCAUAUAUAAAGGAAGAAUCAAAUGCAUAUAUGGUCGAUGCCGCUUUAUCUCUCGUGUACAUGAAUAGUACCUCGCAGUGGCGGUUUGUCGCUUUCUUCGUAACCCC